AUGGUUCGCACCCGUCGUGAAGCCCGCCCCCCUCUCGAUGACCUGGUAGCCAGCACCGUGCGGAUGUCUUGUUUUCCGACGGCCCAGCCUCCGGACCCUGGUGCGGCGCAUGGGGCCACGGCCCUGCUCCCCAGGCAUGCGGAGCCCCCGGGCCCCGAGCCCCCGGUUGGCGGCGUUGGCGGCGUUGGCGCGGCCCGCGCCCGGCACGUCAUCAUCAACGUGGGCGGCUGCAGGGUGCGCCUGGCCUGGGCCGCGCUGGCCCGCUGUCCCCUGGCGCGCCUCGAGCGCCUCCGCGCCUGCCGCGGCCACGACGAGCUACUGCGCGUGUGCGACGACUACGACGUGAGCCGAGACGAGUUCUUCUUCGACCGCAGCCCGUGCGCCUUCCGCGCCAUCGUGGCGCUGCUGCGCGCCGGGAAGCUGCGGCUGCUGCGCGGCGCAUGCGCCCUGGCCUUCCGCGACGAGCUGGCCUACUGGGGCAUCGAUGAGGCGCACCUGGAGCGCUGCUGCCUGCGCCGCCUGCGCCGCCGCGAGGAGGAGGCCGCUGAGGCGCGCGCGGGGCCGGCGGAGGGCGGGGGCCCCGGCAGCCCGGCCUGCGCCCCUGGGCCCGGCGGCGGGCGGCUGGCGCGCGGCCGGCGGCGCCUACGCGACGUGCUGGACGACCCGCGCUCGGGCCCGGCCGGCAAGCUCUUCGCAUGCGUGUCCGUGGCCUUCGUGGCCGUCACGGCGGUCGGCCUCUGCCUCAGCACCAUGCCCGACAUCCGCGCCGAGGAGGAGAGGGGCGAGUGCUCCCCCAAGUGCCGCGGCCUGUUCGUGCUGGAGACGGUGUGCGUGGCCUGGUUCUCCUUCGAGUUCCUGCUGCGCUCGCUGCAGGCCGAGAGCAAGUGCGCCUUCCUGCGGACACCGCUCAACAUCAUCGACAUCCUGGCCAUCCUGCCCUUCUACGUGUCGCUGCUCGUGGGCCUGGCGGCGCGGCCGGGCACGGGCGGCAACAAGCUGCUGGAGCGCGCGGGGCUGGCGCUGCGGCUGUUGCGCGCGCUGCGCGUGCUCUACGUGAUGCGCCUGGCGCGCCACUCGCUGGGGCUGCGCUCGCUCGGCCUGACCGUGCGCCGCUGCGCGCGCGAGUUCGGGCUGCUCCUGCUCUUCCUCUGCGUGGCCAUGGCCCUCUUUGCGCCCCUCGUGCACCUGGCCGAGCGCGAGCUGGGCGCGCGCCGCGACUUCUCCAGCGUGCCGGCCAGCUACUGGUGGGCCGUCAUCUCCAUGACCACCGUGGGCUACGGCGACAUGGUGCCGCGCAGCCUCCCCGGGCAGGUGGUGGCGCUGAGCAGCAUCCUCAGCGGCAUCCUGCUCAUGGCCUUCCCGGUCACCUCCAUCUUCCACACCUUCUCGCGCUCCUACUCAGAGCUCAAGCAGCAGCAGCAGCGUGCCGCCAGCCCCGAGCCCGCCCUGCGCGAGGACAGCACGCACUCCGCCUCUGCCUGCGCCUCUGCCGCGGAGGACGACGGCUCGCAGGGCCCCGACGGUGCCGGCCGGGCCGGGGACUCCAUGGCCGGGCUGUGGGCAUCCGCGGGGCCGCCCUGA